AAGCGACAGGGGAAGACAUCGUCUCUGGGAACGGAUUGAAGGGUGGAGGAGAAAUUAAACCCAACCCAUUGUUGGUGGUCGACAAAUGGUCCGAUGUCAACAGAGUAGCUUCCGAUGACAACAUAGGGUCGCAAACAACGAUGACUGGAGGGAUUUUGAUGGCCUCCUCGAUUCUUGCGAUGAGAAUAUGUUCCUCUUCCUUGAUUAGAAGGUUGAUUUGAGACAUAAAGAAGCUGAGGAAAGAAGAAUGGUUGUCAUGAGAUACAGUGGGAACCUGAUUUGCAAGAAGUAUAUGUUCUUCAACAAGUAGCAUGGAGCGAUCUUCUUCAAAUGUUGUAAAAGGAUUACUAUGAUGAAUAAAUCCAGCAGUAGCAUCAAAUUUUCUUGAAGGUUCUUUAAUGACGAAAUGUAGCCUUUAGCAGCAACAUCAAACCGUACAUGCCUAGUGUGGUUGUGAAAGCACACAUCGCCACUAAAGGGUUCGUCGCUAAUAUAAUCGAUGGGCAAUCCGUGUGAAGUUGCUGAGAACGAAUCGUAACAGUAUGUUUUUAUGUUUAUCCAACAGAUAGGGUCACCAAGGUCGCUAAUGCCCACGAAAAAAGACUGCGGAUAAUUCCUUCCGUCUCGUCGCCGCAAAAGUGGUCACCACUAAAGGUAAGUUCCCUUUAGUUCUCUUCCAUAUCCCAUAACUCGUUGUGCUCCCAUUGUUUCCCCUUUCGAUUUCUACAGCAACUAAAUAAUUUCACCGAUAAAUUUCGACGAUUAUCACCUACAUCAUUGACCGAAGCCACCCGUAUCCAUCCUUACUUACACCGAACAAUUUCUAACCUUACCGGAUCACGACCUCGAUGUUACAAACAAUGAAAAGGGAAGCUUCUCCGAGAAUCUCAAGCGAUGGUUUGUGGUCGACAUCCCUCCUUUCUCUUUCUCUUUCUCUUCCUCUCUUGACUUUAAUAUUGAAUCUAAUUAGAUGAUUUUUGUGGUUUUAAGGACUACACAUCACCACUGCCACUCCACCGGCGGCGACUGCAAGCACCACAACACCUUUGAUUCUCUUCCCUCCUUUCUCUUUUUGUUUCUCUUCAGACCUUAAUUUCAAACCUAAUUUCAUGAAUUUUAUGGUUUUAAGGCACCACCAAAGCCACUGUAUACCACCACUACCACAACAAGGCUAUUCUCCGGCGACCACUACUACCACAACACUAGGGAUGAGAUUUAAAACCGGAAAACCGGACCAGAACCGGAACCGUUAGAACCGGAAUAUAUAGAACCGGUUCCGGUUCUAGGUUUAAAAAUUGGCUUUAUCCGGGUAAUCCGGGUUUGGGUCCAUCGGGUCCGGGCAAAUCGGGUCUAAGAACUGGAAUCGGUGUUAGGAACCGGAACCACUUUUAGAGGCCGGAACCGAUUUUUGUGAAACAUUUAAAACAUGCAUAUCUCAUUCGUUUUAGGUCGGAUUGACAUACGGCUUUUUCCAACGUGCAGUUUAGAGUUUGUACAUGAUUUUAGACUAUAAUUUUGUCAUUUUUAGUUUUAUAUUCAUUGAAUUACGGUUCACCAAAGUCGAGAUAUCAAAGCUGGAAGUUUUAGUUUUUCAGCUUUUUUGUAUUCUGUGAAAGUUUUAAAACACGGAUAUCUAAUUCGUUUGAAGUCGGAUUGACAUGCAGUUUUUUGCUACUUGUAUUUUGGAGUUUGUACAUGAUUUUAGACUAUAAUUUUGUCAUUUUUGGUUUAAUAUUCAAUGACUUACAACCCCCUAAAGUUGAGAUAUCAAAGCUGGAAGUUUUUAGUUUUUCAGCUUUUUUGUAUUCUGUGAAAGUCUUUAAACAUGCAUAUCUAAUUCGUUUGAAGUCGUAUUGACAUGAGGUUUUUUUUUCAUCUCAUAGUUUAGAGUUUGUACUUGAUUUUAGACUAUAAUUUUGUCAUUUUUAGUUUAAUAUUCAAUGACUUACAGCCCCCCAAAAUGGGGAUAUCAAAGCUAAAAAUUUUCAACUUUUCAGCUAUUUGUUUUUGUACUUUGAAUUCUAUGAAAGUGGUAACACAUGCAUAUCUCAUUUGUUUGAAGUCAUAUUGGCAUGUGGUUUUUUCCGUAGUGUAUUUUAGAGUUUGAACAUGAUUUUAGACUAUAAGCUUGUCAAUUUUGGUUUCAUAUUCAUUGAUUUACAGUCCCCCGAAGUCGGGAUAUCAAUAUGAAAAUUUUUAAAGUUCAACCCACUAAGUAGUAAGUAAUUACCAAAAAAUUCCAGGUUUUUCGGGUUUUCUGGUUCUAAACCCACUUUAUCCGGUUCCAAUCUACCCAUUUUUAUAUUUCCGGGUUUUCCGGCUCUAGACUCACUUUACCCAGAACCGUACCCGGAACCGAACUAGAACUAGUUCAUAUAUACCAGUCCGGUUUUCGGUUCUACAAAAUCCCAUUAACCGGUUCCGGGUUUUCCGAGUCCGGGUUUGGACCCACUUUCAUCCCUACACAACACCACCAGUGGAUUUUGCUGAUAAUUUUGCACAUGUGCAUUUUAUUGAUAAAUUGUGUAUAUCUAUGUGUGUGUUUGGUAUAUAUGUGUAUUUGGUAGUAAAAGGAUCAAAAUUUGUUCAUCUGUUUUUUGUAUAUGAUUUUCUUUGAAUUUUUUUUUGUUUUUUGUGUUAUAGUAUGAAAUUAGUGGUACAAAAUAAUGUUAAUUUCACAAAAUGACUCAACCGUUUUGCCAAUAGUUAAUGGAUAUGUAUUUGUAUAUAUGUAUAUGUGUAUUUGUAUGCAUACAAAUAGAAAUUAUAUGUAUAUGAGUAUUUGGUAUAUGUGUAUAUGUGUAUUUGUAUGUAAAAUGUUAUGACUUAAUUAGGCUAGUCUUCAAAACUCCAUAAUAUGUAAAGUACAAUGUUAUAAUUAAAAAAAACUAUGAUUAAUUCAGAAUGUAAUUUAAAUAUAUAUGAAAAAGUAUGAUGUUAUAAUAGAAAAAUAAAACAAAAGCAAGAUGUUAUAUAUAAUAACAAUAUGGAAAAAUAAGAUUCUAUAAAUAAAAAUAAUAUACUGAAAGUCUAAUAAGUUAUUUAAAGUAAAAUGUUAUAAUAUAAUAGGAAAAAAGCAAAAACAAAAAACAUAAGACCAUAAAUCUACCAAGUAAUAAUUUAAUAAAUUAAUUAUUUAAAGUACAAUGUUAUAUAAAAAAAAGUAAGUUUUUUAGUUUAUUUAUCUCCUGUUUAAAUCAUCUGGAGCCUAGAACUAUCCAUUCGAAACUGAUUUAGAAAAUAAUUUUGGAUUUUUCCUAUUUUGGGGACUGCUUUUUGAAUACUUUAUGUCAUUUAGGAUGUGAAUGCGUAUUACAUGAUUCAUUUUUUAAGAAAAAAUUGGUUGUUAGUUUCUCUUUACUCCUUGAGGAUAUAUUUUUAUAUAUACUUAGGAGCUGAGGGGGAAUGUUGCCGAAUUCUUCUUAAACGUUCAAGCAUGUAAUCCACAUUCACAUAUCUGUAUUCAAAAAGUGGGUUUAGAAUCCUACACUUGUGUAUAAUCUAUCCAUUGUCCAAUUUUUUGUUAUUGUUUCAAUAUUGCUUUUUGAAUCGUUAAUUUUUACUCUACCUUUAUGAAUAUUCCAUUCGAUAUAGCAGUUACUCUAUUCUUAUAAACAUUUCAUCUGAUUUUUAGUUCUUAUAGAGUAAAGAAUAAAACCUAGCUUAUGUUUUAGUUGCAACAUCUCUAUUGAUAAAACCUGAAAUACAAUUGAAAACUAUAACUCUACCAUGUUCCAACAAGGAUUUGAAUCUUUUCUCGAGAGUCCAAAGCACACGUCAACAACAAAGGUCAAAUCAGAUGCCCGUGUAUAAAAUGUGAUACUAAUAAACUUAUACUACUAACCAUAAUGAAAUUUAACACACUACAACAUGGUUUUAGUCCAAUUAUAGUAAAUGGAAGUACCACAUGCAAAGUACAGCUGAUGCAUAUCAAGGUGAUGAACAAAUGGACUGAUAGAUCAUUCGAUCAGCUUUUGUAGUUGUUGCAAACUAUAUUUCCUCAAGGGAACCCCCCCCCCCCCAACCCACAUCACAUUAUGAAGUAAAAAAGACAUUUAAAAAUAUCAGCUUGGGUUGAGUUGAUACAUGUAUGUAAAAACGACUGUUUUUUUUAUUGAAAGAACACAAGUUGUUACAGUACUUUUGUGUGACCCCCAUAAUACAACACUUUUGUACACAUGUGGAUGCCUUUACUUACACCGUUUGCAUAUUGAAUGAUGUUAGUUUCAUGGUACCUAUCUGUGCCCAACGAACAACACAAACUCAGGGGUUCUAACUGAGAGAAAGAAAGAAAGAAAGAAAGAAAGAAAAAUAGAAUUAGCAAAAAUAUUAUGUUCGACUAGAAGAGAUUAUUGAGGUGCAUUAUCCCCAUAAUUAUUCUACUGUAUUUCUUCGUUGCAACUAGUUUGACACUAAGGUGGUGUUUGUUUUUUAGAAAAAAACUCUUCUAACCUCUUAGUGCUGCGUGGCGCAGCACACGCGCAGCACUUUUAGGUUCGCAGCUGUUUGUUUUUCUGCAGACUUCGGGCUUAAAAACCUCUUCCCGUCCUCUUCCCCACACAGCAGUGGGCUUACCUCUUCUAACUACUUCUAACCUCAUUAAAAAAUCACUCUAUGCCCUAAACAAAAAAAAAAAAAGCGCCGCUGCCUUUUCUUUCCCGUUCUUCUUCUAGGCUUCUUCUCGGUCCGACGACUCCAGCCUCCGACCAUCGCCGGUCGCCUCCGCUGCCAGCCAUCGCCGGUCGCCUACGCCGCUUGCUGCUGCCCUCGAUCUUCACAGGUUUGUAAUGGAUCACGACAAAAAGAUACUACUCAUAAUUCUUAUGUACUUGUAUGUCCGCUACUUUUGGAAGAGGGGUGUAAAACGAGUGCGGGACAACGAUUCGGAAAUGACAGGACAUGAAUUUACGUUAGAGUUACUUCACCGUAAUCCUCUACAAUGUCUUGAAGUGUUACGCAUGUCUCGUGAAUCAUUUGUCCGACUAUGUGCUCAUUUUAGAGUAAACUACGCGUUAAAGGAUAGCAAACAUGUGUCGGUUGAGGAGAAGAUGGCUAUGUUUUUGAUGAUGAUCGGUCAUAACCAACGUUAUGUGAUUAUCAAGCGGAGAUUUCAACACUCAAAGCAAACAAUUCAUAAGUUUUUUCAUGAAGUGUUGGCCAAAAUGUUGCUUUUCGCACAUGACAUUAUAGUACCAACAUCUUUUAAUCCGAAUCCAAACAUUCCGGGACAUAAUAGGAGGCUACGACGGGUGUUCAAGGGAGCAGUUGGUGCACUUGAUGGCACUUUGAUACAUGCUGUUGUCCCUGCAAACAAACAGGAUUUAUAUAGAAGUAGGGGAAAAGGCGAUUGUUACCAAAACGUAUUGGCAAUAUGUGACUUUAACAUGAUGUUUACGUUUGUUGUUGCCGGUUGGGAAGGGAUAGCACACGAUUCUAGAAUUUUAUUAGAAGCAUUAGCAAAUCCACAUGCACCAUUCCCGCUUCCACCUCCAGAUAAAUAUUAUCUAUGUGAUGCCGCCUAUGCAAACAUUCGAGGUUUUAUGGCACCGUACCGUAAUGUUAGGUAUUGGCUUGGAGAUUUCCGUCGAAGACGUGCAUUAACGAAUAAAGAAAAAUUUAACCAUGGACACGCAAAACUUCGGAAUGUCAUUGAACGUGCUUUUGGUGUCUUGAAAGCACGAUUCCCUAUACUGAAGAGGAUGGCACCAUUCUCGUUGGUUACACAACGAAACAUUACUCUAGCAUGUUUUGCGCUUCAUAAUUUUAUAAGAAGAGAGGGACUACGUGAUGAGUUUUUUGCACGAUAUGAUGAACCAAAUGUCUCGGUUCGGAAUAACAAUGCGGUCGUUGAUAAUGAUGAAGAUGAGAUUCCAACACAUGGUACUGCUGCGGACCGUGAAUAUAUGAGCCAGUUACGGGAUGAAAUUGCCGAACAAUUGAUGCAAAAUAUGGAAUGAAAAUUAUUAAAGUUUGGUUGUAUGAAUUUUAUUUAAAAAUGUUAUUGUAAGACUAAUUUCGUUGUUUGAAUUUUAUUUCAAUGUUUUAAGACUACAAUUAUUAAAUUUUUGGUAUUAAC